UCUGAAACAAAAGUUUCUAUGUGUGGACAUUAAGGAAACUUCAAAAGAGAAUUAAGAAAAAGUUUCUCAACAAAAGUUUCCUAAUGUGGACUAGGUCUAACAAUUGGAAAUUAUAUAAAAUUAUGCCGAUUUAUUUACAGUUUUUCAAAGACCAAUAUGACGUUUUAACAUUCAAAUUGUCUGGCAUCAUCAUACAUAAACUGCCAGCUGCUCACUGACAGUGUCAACAUUUUUACUGCAGCAAAAAAAAUAUAUAGAACAAAUAAUCAACGAAAAGUCGUCAGUUUUUUUAAAGUUUAAUAAGAUUUUUCUUGUAAUUACAAUUUAAAAUCUACUUUAAUUAUAGAAAAAAAAAAACAAGUUUGCAUUAAAAAAAUAAAAUCUACUUUAAUUUCUACUUGCUAUUAAAUACAAUUCUCCAACUACAAUAGAAAGCAGUGCUGCCUUGAAAACACUGCCACUUUCUACAUUAUUUUAUUUUUCUUUGAUAGUUGAAAUCACAAAGUAUUACAAUGAAAAAAGAGGAAAAAAUAAUCGAAUUUGUAAGAGAUAAUCCAGAAUUAUGGAAUAAAUAUGAUAUUGAUUUUAAAAAUACUAAACUUAAGGAUAAGAAAUGGAAUAAAAUCGCUACAAGUUUAGGUAUAUCAGAGGAUGCUGCUAAAAAACGUUGGAAAACAAUAAGAGACCGUUAUUUUCGAAUUUCAAAACUAGAGGAAUACGCUUUACUAAAUCAACAAGGACAUGUUACGAAAUACAAAUAUGCUGAUAUGUUGGGAUUUCUUAAAGGCAAUAGCACACAAAAUAAAAGAAGUUCCUUAAAUAAUUCUUCUGACGAUUCUAAUAACCUUAAUCUUAAUACUCAUGAAUUUUUAACGGAAACUGAGGAAAAUUCUAUUAAAUAUGAAUAUAUUGAUGGUAUUGAAGAAACCCCUAACGAAAAUCAUGAUAAUUCCUCAAUAAUGGAGCCGUUAGAGAAUAGUUUUCAGCGUGAAGAUGAAAAAAUAGAAACGAAACCUGCUAUUUCUAACAAUAAUUCUCCGGCUCAUCUUUUUAUGAUGAGUUUAGCUCUGCAAAUUGAUAGGGCUAAUUUAAGUAUUGAUUCCUUUUUAAAUCUUCAAAUAAAAAUGUUGCAAUUAGUGAAAGAUGAAAUAAAACAACAAAAAUAAAAUGUGAA